GAAUCUUUGUUCGCGUCAGAGUUCAUCUGAGUAUUUAUUAGCCUGUGCCACUCGCUCAUUGUACUCUGAUUCAAAUGGUUGUGUUUGUAUGUAUUGUUCGAUAAUCUCUGCUGAAUUUGCCCCAUAAUGCGAUCACUAUUUGAAUCAAGCUCAUCUACUAAUAAAACUAUAGCACAGUUAUGUGGACUUGUCAAGACGGAAACAAUCUCGCACGAAGGAAAUGAUGAUCCAGCUUGGGCUGAAAAUGUCAUAAAGACAUUAGCAAAACGACUAAAAAAGUCAAAAUGCCUUGAAGAAUUGGCCAAAGCAAUCGUCAAUGAGGAUAAGUUCACGGACUGUGUUGCAAUUCCUGCAGAGCAAGAUAAAAAGAAAACUCAUAAGAAAGCUCGACCUCAUAUUCUUUACAUAAAGAUGUGGCGAUUUCCAUGGCUAAAAUCUCACCAUGAGCUGAAAGCCGUGGACAAUUGUCGUUAUCCAUUUGCAAAGAAAGCAGAGCUUAUCUGCAUUAAUCCGUUCCAUUAUGAGCCAAUUCAUGCCAAAGCUCCGCCUCUUCCACCAGUAGUGGUCAACAAAGUUGCUGGGUACUAUCAGGUCACUCCUGGCGCCAUUGCUGCUCUGACAAAUCAUGGUCUUGCUGCUCAACAUCUGGAGGAUCGAGCACCGAAUGCAACCAUCAGCGUGGAUGAAAUGCGUGGACACUAUCUUUCGGAAGAGAGCUCCCCUACCAGCAGUUACAUGGGAUCCCCAACCUCUACAUCCCCUGCACUCGGAUUUCCGGGCACAUCGUCGUCAGCUAUCCCAUCAGCUGCGAAAAUUGCUUCACGAAAUGAGAGAUUUAGCACUCAAAACUCAACAUCUCCUCCACCCAUUGGUUCGACCGCAGCAUCGUCACCGAUCAGUCCAAAUUCGUAUCUGAGCGAAGAUCGCGAUGAUGAACAUGAGUUGAUGGAUACGAGUGAUGACCAUAAUCACUCAUUGACUGCCAGCUAUUUGAGGCCAACAGGAGCGGACAUGGUACAAGAGCUGAUCGAAUACUGUGAGCCGGAAAGUUGGAUGUCCAUCACAUACUACGAAGAGGGCAAGAGAAUCGGCGAUCCAUUUAAUGUUAGGUCUCAUUAUCUACUAGUUGAUGGCUAUCCUUCACCGAGUUCAGAGGAGCGUUUUUGCCUUGGAUAUUUUGAUGUCGAAAAUCGACCGCUAACAGUUAUAGAUGCACGACGGCAGGUUGGCAGAGGGGCAAGGUUUUACUAUAUUGGAGGAGAGGUAUACUGCGAGUGUUUGUCUGAUGCAGCUGUUUUCGUCCAAUCUCCUAAUUGCAAUCAACGCCAUGGCUGGCAUCCUACCACUGUAUGCAAGAUUCCUCCCAACUGCAACUUGAAAAUAUUCAACAAUGCCGAAUUCGCGGCACAACUCGCUGAAUCUGUCGAGAAAGGUUACGAAGCUGUAUUUGCUCUUACUAGACUCUGUACAAUCCGUAUCUCCUUCGUAAAAGGCUGGGGAGCUGAUUAUAGGAGGCAAACGAUUGACGCAACUCCAUGCUGGAUCGAGGCUCAUCUGAAUGGACCAUUGCAAUGGAUUGACCGAGUAUUGCGCAGCAUGGGUGCACCGAUGGAGAACCCAUGUCCUGAGACACCACCAUCACACCGCUGUGAAAUGCCGAACACAUUACCUGGUGGUCUCCACCCAAGCAAUCGAAAUACAAUAGACUGGAACACAAAAGGUGCGAUUGUUUAUGGCUCUCACAACCUCCUUUUCAUCAUUGAUGCUUUCACUUGUAAACGUGUGCAAACCAUAGAUUUACAUAGCACAGCUAUUGAUCAUGUCUGUUGGUCACCUCCGUUCUCGAUCAUCGAACAGUCUCGCAUAGAGGAUUAUCGGAUCGCGUCAUCGGAUAUUGGUGGACAAAUUAUAAUUUCUGAGCCAAUUUCAGCAUCGAAGAGAUGCCAAUUUUCUCACGCGUCCACCAAUGUGCUCAGUAUGAAGUGGUUUGUAUGGAAGGACAUGAGCCGCGAUUUUCUUUUGUCACUCCAUUCUGGAGAUACUCUUAUUCUUUGGAACACAGAUAAUGGAGAGAAAAUCUGGUCUGUCUCAUAUAACGUCCCACUUUUUGAUCUAGCAAUCGAUCCUUUCGACCCGUGCCAUGCCUCAUUUUCCUCAUUAGGAUGCAAUAUUGCGUUAUGCUCUGAUAUCAGCUUCAAUAAUACUCCGUCUAGUACUUGCCGAACUGUUGUGAUAUGCGAGGAUCAGAUCAAAUCUGCCACAAGCAUACAAAACCUCGUAUAUCAUAAUGCUUAUCGCAAUACCCUCUUCGUUGUUACUCAAUCACAGGUGCAUUGCUUUCAUACCGAACUUUUUGCGGUGUUGUUUUCCAUGACUCACGAACCAAAUAUCAUUGCGUGGCUCUGCUGUUCUUCACGCGAUGCAAUAUUUUCCGUACAAGCUGGUGGGGCUGUGUCGCUAAGAGUUGGAAAAUAUUCAUCUAAUGAUGAACGAGCAGAUGCACAGUUUGCGCUAGAGAGGGUGGCAUUCGGUGAAAUCCAGCGUCAGGGAAACCAACAACGAGCCGUGGGUGCAUGUCUUUGUCCAGUCACUCAGAGCUCUGUAGCAGUGCUCUUCAACAGUGGAAGAAUAGUUUUGUGGCAGCUGAUAUCUGAUAAGUCUGCUGUCCUUGACUAUCGUCAAUCUUUCAUCGAGGAUUAUCUGGCGUUUGGAAGCGAUUUGGAGACCAACCCUAUAGGAGAACUGAGCAUCCAGCAAACUGGUUUUCUUGAUGCAUUGUCUUCCGGAGUAUCUUGUCUUCGAAUGCGACCGAUAGAUGGUCUCGGCAAGGAAACCGACGAGUCUUUAGACCUCGCUUCUUUCAAAUCAGCCCAUAUCUUGGCUGUUGGCUCACAUGCUGGUGUUCUUCACCUUGUUGACGUGUUUACAUGUGAUAUUGUCAAAGAAUUUGCUAUACAAAGCUCUCCCAUUAAAUGCCUGGAAUGGGGCGGCAACUACACAGUCCUUACCGCUGGAUAUAACCAUUCUCUCAGUACUGCUCAUGUGGUUAAAAAUGACAUAUACGCUAUUGACAUAAGGACAGGGGUAAAACGACGGAUCAGACCUGAAGCUGAUGAGUCGCCUGUCACUCUUCUUCGAGUAUCAUAUUAUCAAUGCUAUUUGGCCCUUGCUUUCCAACGUGAGCCACUCGAAAUUUGGGACUUGAAAGGCCUGCGUCUUUUACGGCGAAUGAGCAAGACCUGUCCUCUCAUUGUCGACAUGGCAUGGUCUUCUAAACACCGUGCGAUGAAUACAACAGAGGAUGGAGGGAUAAGCGUCUAUCGCGAGAAUCUCGUAGUUCUCGACUCAGAGACUCGCUUGUAUCACGUUGUGGUCAAGGGUCUCCACGUUAAAGAUGGAAAAGAAGUGAAUACUCAGUGGAAAAGUGGAGGUUGGUCAAUCAGAAAUAUGGCUUGGAAAGAUGAAAUGUUGGCAAUGGGUGACGCAGAAGGAAGGAUCAUAAUUUGGGAUCUUGGUCGUCGCCAGUCACGGCAUGUUCGCGCUUCGAGGUUUCCCGUUGUGCGAAUGACAUUCUCGCGUCUUGCUGGUGACCAUACACUCGCAGUGUUGCAUCCGCGUGAGUUGUCUUUAUGGGAUACUGAGGCUUUGACUCGUCAGUACCAAAUCACUCUGGACACUACGCGAUCAGCUCUGGAUAUGGACUUAUGUGGUGUUUCUCCCAUUCUUCUAACAAAUGACAAUGUAUUGCGUUAUGCGCCAUCACCUAUCAAAAAUACUCCAAUGCUUGAGAAAGACAUUCCACUUCUACUUAAUCCUAAACGAAUAACUCAGUUAAAAUCUGAUUUUGACUCUUCAUCUAGCGAAGAACCUGCAAUCUGGAAAAUUGCACAACGGAAGGUCCAUCAAGCUCCAGCUCCUGACUCAGUCGACAUAUCCGCUCUCAAGAAUAAAUUGCUUCUGAGCAGAUUUCUUGGUGAUGUAUCGGUUUGCAAUCUAUUAGAAAUAAUCUGCUCAGUCCUUUCUGAAGAAGGGAAUCAGUUGCCUCCUAAUCUCCAACUUUAUUGGCCCAACAAAACUUUUCGGGAGAGAGAGUUGCGAGUUACUUGUGCAGCAUGUAGCGCUGGAAAUAUUGAGGAAAGUCGGCUGGUUGAAAGAGCUGUUGUGGCUGGCGGGAAAGCAAAAGAGCGAGCUGUUGAUCGCCUUAUUGGGUCGAAUGAUUUGCGGCAUGCUAGCAUGAAAGCUGCGUUGCUGGUGUCGAGUCAAGAAAGCGAACAAGCUCGAUCGCUAAUCAAACUGAUUGCAACAAAUCUCAUUGCUUCUGACAUGAUUGAAGAUGGAGUGGAAUUGUUGUUCUUAGUCAAAGCUGGUGCUGAUGCUUGCAAAUAUUUGCAGUCGCAACGUCAAUGGGAUAAAAGUAUUGUCUAUGCUAAAAUGGGUUUGGAAGAUUCUGAGGAUGUGCUCAGCAAAUGGAUCACUUACCUCUCAUUUGACGAAAAAACUCCAUACAUGUACGCUCAAGCUAGCAGAAAGGAAUGGCCAGAGAUAGUGGAAUUAUUGUCAAAUUGUGGACAUGCGGAGCUUGCUCGUAUGAUCUUGCGAGCUUCAACCUCUUCGCCACCCACAUCUUCUAGGGAUGCCAGCUCACCUGGAGCUUCUGGAGACGGUUGAUGGGUGAAUUUGAAAUUUCAGUCUGUGCCAUUAUGGGGUCUUCUCAUUAUAUCCAUAUGUAUCCACCCAAGUGUGGGUUUGGUUGCCUUGUUCUAUCUAUAAUCGUUUUUUUUUCUCUUUCAGUUUUGUGUAUAAUUGAUCUUGUUUUGAGAAGUUGUGAUUUCGCUAUAUGACUUGAUUGUUAGCUGUAACAAAUGGGUUCUUUAUGCUUUCUCUCUCGUCAAAACUCUCCUCAUUGUGAUACGUUAAAGAGUGCAGCUAUAGAAUUAUGAUCACUAGUCAAUGAUGUAUAUAGAUUUUUUAUCUGUAUGUCGCAAUUUUUCUAGUAUUUAUUGUGCAGGGAAUGGAGCCGAAUAAUGUAAUAAAAUUACCGUUACG